UGCAUAAAAUCCUAAGGAUCGGACGGCUAUAAUGUAGCACCACACAAUGAAUAAUGGACAGCGACACCCGUGAGAAAAGCCGGUGCAUCUUUCAUUUAUGAUCGCCACCCUCUUUUUUUUCUCCUCUAUAAAUUAAUAUUACUGCCUUACUAGUAUUUUCAUUUCUUUAUCAAAUUUUAUAGUCCUUAAAUUCCUAAUAUAUAUAUAUACACCAAAUUUAUUUGGCAUAUCCUAACACCUAUAUACCAAAUUUAUCACCCUCUUCGAUCUCCCACCCACCUCCCUCUUUUCUUUUUCUGGAAAGAGAACUAGCUGGAGAAACAAGAACAAAUUAAGAAGGGGUGGUCAAUUAGGAAGAAACAGUAAUGGAAGGUAUUUCUGCAACCAUGUAUAAGGGUUUGAGAAGGUACUGGAAGAGGAAAGGCUACGUGAAGCUAAACGGUUCGAGACGGGCACGGCGGGGCACGGUGGAGCUUGGUUCCACCCAGAGGAGGAGGUUCUGGAGGAUCAGGGUCAAGGCAAAGCUGAGAAUACCUUCACCCAAGAAGUUCCUUGUUUGGUUACGUGAUGCCUACGUGAAAAUGAUGUUGGGGUUAGCCAACUCCAGGAUGAUUAAUACUGGCUACGGAGGAGCCAUAGGUUAUGGUGGGAUCGCGGCCUUCGGGAAGCGUCCGCUGAAAGAGUAUGACGAGAAAAUUAUCGUUGAGAUCUAUAAAUCCUUGGUGAUGGCGCAAGGCCAGCUGGUGCCACGUGAGGCUGGGAAGCUGAGCUCUGCAAUUAUUUGUCAACGGUGAAACAAAGAAAAAGUAAGAACAGAGUAAUUGAUUUCAUGCCUCCUGUUAUUUUCGUCGCAAACUUGUGGUGAAAGGAGCUAGAGCAUGGAAAUUAGAGAAGGAUCAAUUGCCAAAGAAAAAAGAAUCUACUUUUUUGCACUUCAAAGUGGUUUUAAUGUUGUUCUUAUCUUGUGAUUAAAACUACCGGUAAAGUGUUCAGUUUGGCAAAUAAGCUGUUAAAUUCACCUGCCUAAUUGUUUGGGACCAAAAGAGGUUCUAAUUAAUAGGGGGUGUUAGGUUUUUUUUUUUUUUUUACAUCAUAAUUUAGAGUGAGAGGAUGCUUUUUCACUCUAAGAUCAGAACAAAUUGUACGUCUCCAAAAAAUUUAUACUAAAUUUAUGAAUAAUUUAAAAAUAUUAUUAAUAGUGAAAUUCAAAUUUAGAACUCAC